AAAAAUGAAAAACAAAAUAAAAGAAAAACUGACCCAGGCAUCGCAUAUUUAUAUUCAAACAAACAGAUGAAGGAAGCGACCUGUAUCUUUCAUCAACAGCUACACUCUCUCUUUCUUCACUCUUCACCGCAACUCACACUUCCGGCGAAACCUCCCCGGAAGCCAUGGCCAGAGAAUGAGUCUCCGCCGAUUGCCAUGUCGGUCUCCUGCUCCAACUGCUUCCCCGACGACGACCACUCCUUCCUCCUCUGCGGCGAGGACUCCUCCGGAAUCAUGGAUUCCUCGCCGGAGUGUUCCUCCGACCUCGAUUCCUCGCCGCCGUCGGAGGCGGAGUCCAUCGCCGGAUUCAUGGAAGACGAGCGCAACUUCGUCCCCGGAUUCGAAUACCUCAAUAGGUUCCAAUCUCGCUCUCUCGACGCCUCUGCCAGAGAAGAAUCCGUUGCAUGGAUUCUCAAGGUGCAGGCUUAUUACGCUUUUCAACCGGUCACGGCUUAUCUUUCCGUUAACUACUUGGAUCGGUUCUUGAAUUCUCGACCGUUGCCGCCGAAAACGAAUGGGUGGCCACUGCAACUUCUCUCUGUUGCGUGCUUGUCUUUAGCAGCAAAGAUGGAGGAAUCUCUAGUUCCAUCUCUUUUGGACCUUCAGGUAGAAGGUGCUAAAUACGUAUUUGAACCCAAAACAAUUAGAAGAAUGGAGCUACUUGUUCUGGGCGUGUUGGAUUGGAGGCUAAGAUCGGUUACCCCAUUUAGCUUCCUCGAUUUCUUUGCGUGCAAGUUAGAUUCAACUGGGACUUUUACCGGGUUCCUCAUUUCACGUGCUACACAAAUUAUCUUAUCUAAUAUACAAGAGGCUAGCUUUCUUGCGUAUUGGCCAUCAUGCAUUGCUGCAGCAGCCAUUCUCCAUGCAGCAAAUGAAAUUCCUAAUUGGUCUCUCGUUAGGCCUGAGCAUGCAGAGUCAUGGUGUGAGGGGUUAAGAAAGGAGAAAAUUAUAGGGUGCUACCAAUUAAUGCAAGAACUUGUGAUUGACAAUAACCAGAGGAAACCCCCUAAGGUGUUACCACAGCUGCGAGUGACAAUAUCUCGGCCCAUUAUGAGGUCUAGUGUCUCAUCCUUCUUAGCAUCAUCCUCUUCACCUUCAUCAUCCUCUUUGUCUUGUAGAAGGAGGAAAUUAAAUAACUCUUUGUGGGUAGACGAUGACAAAGGAAACUCCCAAUGAAGAGAAAAAGAACAAUAAUAGAGGAGGAAAAAAAGAAGAAUAAUGAAAUAAGGUGGUGGACGGUGGUCCAAGUUGUCCAGAAACCGCAAAAUUUUUAAGAGGGUUUUUUUGAGUAUAAAAUGGACUAGAGAGUCGAGGUGUACAUUAUAAUAUAGACUAUAUUUUAUGAGAGUUGCGAGCUUUUAUUAUUUUGUUGGUGGGUGUUGCCAUUCAUCAAUGGCAUUGCAGAUUCCCUAGGGAAGGGGAUUUUGCAAAGUGUGUGUGGGUGUGCGUGAGAGAGAGGUGGGAAAUUAGAUACAAAGAUGCAUUUAAUGGUUUGGUCGUGCAAGCGUGGAAGAAAGAAGUGUGUAGUUUGGAAUUCAAAGAUGCGCUUGUUAUUGGUGAAAGAGAAGAGAAUGGUGGUGGGACAUUGCUUCAGAGCUUGGAAGAAGAAAAAAAGCAUAGUCUCAGAGCAGAUAUCAAUAGGGUAUUGAAAGACUUUGAAGUUUGAGCUGUUUCUUCUUAUUAUAAUGGGGUCUCUAAGUCAAGCUACUCAUCUUGGCCAGCAUGCCUCGCUUCUUCAGUUUACACGUUACUUUUGGUAGUGUGAUGGGAUACCACUAGAGUACAAAAAAAGAAAUAGCAAUAAGGUGAAUCUUAUCACAUUUUGUGAACUUAUGAUGAUACGUGUGAGACGCCUCUGGUGUGUGUCUCGCACGUGCCUACGUGUGAUUUUUUAUUUUUGUUUUUUAUUUUUUUUAUGUUUUAGCUAUGGCGGGAAAUGCUUUUUAUUUCUUUAUUUCUUUUUUGGCUUGAGCUUUGGCCUAACUAUACAGGAUCCAUUGCCUGGUGUCCACGCGUGAUGGAAACACGUGUCUAUAGUUUUCAUUUUUUGUUUUGGAUUUUUUCAUUUGUUUUCAAGAGAGGAGAACCCUCUUUUGUUUUCUUUUUAGUGCCUAAUUGGCUUUGGGAGAAAUUGGAGUAAAGGCCUUUGGGGCCUUUUCCUGAGUGCUUUGUAUUGAAUUCAUUAAUAAUGACACUGUUAAUUCUAUAAUUUCUUUUAGUAACA